CACGUUGUCCGGGCACCACCACGUUGUCCGGGCACCACCCGUCGGUCGCUGAGAUGGCGAAUAACACUCAGACACUCGGGAAGUGCAAAAGACAGGAUAAUGAGAAUUUAGAGGAAUCCAAGCGGAAGCGAAUCAAGGUCGAAAAUGAGAUCACCGAAAGUGACAACCAGCAUAAUCAAGGAAUGCUUAAGGAUGGUUCGAUUUUCUCUCUAAAUUCCAAGAGUAACCACUGUGCCAUUACUUAUGACCAACUUCGUGAGCUAAUAAAUUAUGUUGCAUCGACAGAGGAGAGAACUCCACCCAGUUGGUGCCAGAUUCAGGGGCAGAAUCAAACUAAAGUAGCAGUCAUAGUUCUACAUGGUGUAAGUCAGAUGCACUUCUACAGAUAUUAUCUUCACUUUAAGCAGCUGAGAAAAAGGUUUAAAUGGAGAUUCAGCAUGCCUCCUCCUCCUGAAGAUUUUCUGCGUCAUAUUUUUGAAAUAGAGAACAGUCCGUCAUGUGGAUGCGAUGCAAGUGGUGAAGGAGCUGCUCCUGAAUCUUGUGGCAGUCCUGUUGUGAAUGGUCAUUCCCUUGCAGCGGAGAGCGAAAGCUGUAGAUCUCCUGUUUUUGCAAAUCAUCCCAUCAUUAUUAAAUAUGGCAGAAAGAAACAAGGAUUGAACAAAUACUUGCUGAGUGUAGCAGAGCUGAUUCAGAAUGGCUUUCCUGUUGUAGGCAUUCCAGGUUAUGAAGGCUUUGUUUGGAGUGGAUGCACAGCUGAAGUAACUAAUAGCAGUCCGUUAUUUGGCCUAGACUGUGAAAUGUGCCUGACUAGAAACGGAAGGGAAUUAACGCGUGUCUCUUUGGUCAAUGCAAAAGGAUGCUGUUUGAUGGAUGAGCUGGUGAAGCCAAGCAACCCGAUUCUCAACUACCUCACCAAGUUCUCUGGCAUUACGUGGGAAAUGCUUGCACCUGUGAAAACAAAACUGAAGGAUAUUCAGAUCCGGGUUAAGAAGAUCUUGCCCCCUGAUGCUGUCCUCGUGGGGCAUUCCUUAAACAAUGAUUUGAAAGCACUGCAAAUGAUUCAUCCAUAUGUACUUGACACAUCACUCCUUUUUGUCGGAGAUUCGGGUCGAAAGUUUAAAUUGAAGAUCUUAGUAAAAAAUAUACUGGGAAGGGAAAUUCAGUCAAAGGAAAUGAGUGGCCAUGAUCCAUCAGAAGAUGCAGAAGGAGCUUUGCAGUUGGCUCAAUAUUUCAUUAGCCAGGGACCUGAGAAGAUAGCGGUGAUGAGUCUGGAGAAUUUCGAGCCUCAGCAGCCAUUGGAAGAUGUUAUCACCCCACAGCCUGAAGCCAGAAGUCAGAGGAAAUGUUUGCCAAAACAAAUGUGUACAGGUGAUGGAAAAGCUGUGCUAUUAGGCACAAAGAAAGCAAUGGAGUUGAUGACACACCAAGAAGCCUGGCAUAAAAUUGAAUGCGAAACAGACAAAGAGGUUGUUCAGUGUACUCGGAUCAAUACUACAGCUGCUAUCCUAAGUUUAAUUCACUUUACCUCUUAUGCUGACUACACUGAAAGUGAUCUACAUAUGGAAAUCAAUGUAGGACGACAACAUGAAAAGAUGAAACAAAUGUUAUCGGAGAUGUGUACGGUGUAUGCCGGGCCAGUUUGUAAGGAUUUCUGUUUAAAAUCUGUUAAAAGAGCGUUCAGAAGGUGUGGUUCCAUCCGUUCCUUCAGCGUUACCACGGAAACAUACCAGCCUUAUGUGCGGAUUCAGUAUGAGGUGCCUGAGAGUGCACUGGUUGCUGUGGAAACAUUGAAUGGAAGCAUUGUGGCUGAGCGCCCCAUUAAGGUUCAAAGGCCUAUGGGGGAAAAAUCCCUCGAUUGUGACACAAUCUUAAAGAAACUGGAGAGAGACGUCACAAAUCAAGCUGUUAUUUAUGUGGCUGGAAUUCGACAAAGCCUAUCAAUGGAAGACCUGACUGCAAAAUUAAGUGAAUUUGGACACAUUGAAGCUGUAAUCUCAGUGGUUAAUAAAACCAAUGCGAAGAAUAAGGAUUGUUUUAUCAAAUAUGGAAACCCUGAGAGUGCCCUGAAGGCCCAAGCAACCAUGAAUGGAACAGAAAUGAAGGAAAGUAAAUUAAACGUUCAAAGAGCACUCACUCCUUACCAUCUUCAGACCUGGGCUGCUCAGGGAUCUUACCUUGCUGUGAGCCCCAGCGGUGCUGAUACUCUGCAACUGAGCAGUCAGUCUUCUGAGAGCACAACAGAGGAACUUUCUCAAUGUGAGCAAGAAGUGAAAAACGUGCUACGAACUCUAGAUCGACGUGUGGGACGACUCGUCAGAGGAAUAUCCAGUGACACACUUUGCAUCAUCCUACUGCCUGGAAUAAAUAGUGAUCACUGUUCAGUGCCUGGACUCUGCCUCUUUUAAAUAAAGCAAAAUUCUUAAAAAUCACGUGUUCAAAGUGGAUUCAGAUGCUGCUGUUUUGAUGCCACCGGACUGACUAUUCCUGGACCACGUUCCUUCCAUGAAUGCUGUUGAAUUCUGUCAACAGUUAUGACUGAGCCAAGAAAACUGCUUGGAAGUUUUUUCUUUCUUGGGAAUCAAAGUUUUUUUAUAAAGAAAUAUUUCAAGCGUGAAAAUAAUCCAAGUGCAUUUGGGUUGAGUUAUGAAAACCGAGUUUUCUUGGUCAUGAAGUUCCAAUGGUCCCAAGUCCAAGUCUUGCCAAUGUUAGGUUACAUUGUGCAGAAACUAUUCCAACCUGUGCCAAUUUUGACUGUGAGCAGCCGUCAAUGGAGCCCACUUCUCCCACCGCGGACUGCUAUGUUUCAUGCCUGUUGCAACAUGUAUGCAGCAUUUCCACGGACACUUGUAGUUUACACCAAGCAUCUCCUAAAUCUCACCUUAUUUUGUCAGUCGGUAUUUUGUGUUGAUAUUGUAUUUGAAUGCGCAAUCUACCAUUGUAAUUUCUAAAAAAAAAUAUAAGAGAAUGAGCAAUCG